AUGCCAUACACAAAGAUCAACGUGGACGAGGAGGACCGCGUCUUCCAAGCCCAGGUCGCUGAGCUCAAGCAGUGGUGGUCCCAACCGCGUUGGGCCAAGACCAAGCGUAUCUACAGCGCUGAGGAAAUCGCCUCCAAGCGCGGCUCCCUCUCCAUCAGCUACCCCUCGUCGACGCAGUCCGACAAGUUGUACGAGCUUAUCAAGGAGCACGACAGAAACAAGACCGCGUCUUUCACCUUUGGAGCGUUGGACCCAGUGCAGGUCCUGCAAAUGGCCAAGUACGUCGACACCAUCUAUGUUUCCGGCUGGCAAUGUUCCUCCACGGCCUCGACCUCCAACGAGCCCUCUCCCGACUUGGCUGACUACCCAUACGACACUGUGCCCAACAAGGUCGAGCACUUGUGGUUUGCGCAGCUUUUCCACGACCGGAAGCAGCGUGCGGAGCGCCGUGGCAUGACCCGUGCCCAGCGCGAGAAGUCUCCUUACAUUGACUACUUGCGCCCGAUCAUUGCAGAUGCAGACACCGGCCACGGAGGCUUGACGGCUAUUAUCAAAUUAACCAAGUUGUUCAUCGAGCGUGGUGCCUCGGGUAUCCACAUUGAGGACCAGGCUCCAGGUACCAAGAAGUGUGGUCACAUGGGCGGCAAGGUUUUGGUCCCUGUCCAGGAGCACAUCAACCGUUUGGUGGCCAUCCGUGCCUCGGCCGAUAUCUGCGGCUCGAACCUUUUGGCUGUGGCUCGUACAGACUCCGAGGCCGCCACCUUGAUCACCUCCACGAUCGACCACCGCGACCACUACUUCAUUGCGGGUGCCACGAACCCAGACUCCCCAGACUUGGCCUCCUUGAUGGCCGAAGCCGAGGCCCGUGGUGUCUACGGUGAGAAGUUGGCCGCCAUUGAGACCGAGUGGAACAAUUCCGCUCGCGUCAAGUUGUUUUCCGAGGCUGUGAUCGACGAGAUCCGCGCCUCCUCUAUUUCCAACAAGGAGAGAGCUAUCUCUGACUUCACCGCCAAGGUCAACCCAUUGUCCGAGACCUCGCACAAGGAGGCCCGCAAGAUUGCCCGUGACAUCUUGGGCAAGGACAUUUACUUCAACUGGGAUGCCAGCAGAACCAGAGAGGGUUACUACCGCUACAUCGGUGGAACCCAGUGUGCCGUCAUGCGUGGCCGUGCGUACGCCCCAUACGCGGACAUGAUCUGGAUGGAGUCCGCAUUGCCAGACUACGAACAGGCUAAGGAAUUCGCCGAGGGUGUCAAGAGCAAGUGGCCCGACCAGUGGUUGGCAUACAACUUGUCACCAUCUUUCAACUGGAACACUGCCAUGAACUCGCAAGACCAGGAGACAUACAUUUCCAGACUUGCCAAACUCGGCUACGUGUGGCAAUUCAUUACCUUGGCCGGUUUGCAUACCACCGCCUUGGCCGUGGACUCUUUCGCCAAAAACUACGCCGAGAUUGGUAUGAAGGCCUACGGCCAGCAAGUCCAGAAGCCAGAGAUGGAGCUCGGUGUCGAGGUUGUCAAGCACCAGAAAUGGUCGGGUGCCGAGUACAUCGACUCCUUGUUGAAGUUGGUCUCUGGAGGUGUUACUUCCACCGCAGCCAUGGGUGCCGGUGUCACCGAAGAGCAAUUCAAGGACAACUCCGCUGGAAAGUUUUGA